CCCAGCCCCCGGGGUGCGGCCGCUGGUGCGGACCCCGGGGUGUCCGAGAGGCGGCGGGGCCCGGCGGGUUCCGGAGUCUUCCCGAGCCGCGGCGUCUGAGGCCGGGCUGACCCCGGCGGGAAAGAAGUGGGAGACCCGCGGGGCGGCGUGGGCCCGGCGCCAGGGGAGCCUCGGAGAACUGAUCCGAAGUUUCAGUGUCAUCAGCGAGGCUUUGAAAUUCUAAAUCAUGGAGACCAAUCAGGAAACUUCCCUCUUCUUGGUGAAGAUCUUGGAGGAACUGGACAGCAAGCAAAAUACCGUUUCCUACCAGGACCUGUGCAAAUCCCUGUGCGCCCGUUUUGAUCUGUCCCAGCUCUCCAAACUGAGAAGCGUGCUCUUCUACACGGCUUGUCUUGAUCCCAAUUUUCCAGCCACAUUAUUCAAAGACAAGAUGAAAUGCACCGUGAACAACCAGCAAUCGAAGAAAAUCAUGGUGGCGGCAGAUAUCGUGACGAUCUUCAACCUCAUCCAAAUGAACGGGGCUACGGCCAAGGAGAAGCUCCCCAGUGGCCGGCAGAAGAUGCGCAAGAAGGAGGCGUCCUUUGACUCGGGCCGCUCGGACACGGAGCUUUGCACCGCGGCCGAGUGUGAGUCCCUCAGCUGCGAGCUGAGUGACCAGCCUUUCAGCCGGGGCUACCCCACCCGCCAGUCUUCCAAGUGCCACAAGAUGGAUUGCAAGGACUGCCCACAGUUUGUACCUGCAUCCGAGCCCAACUUCCUGCUGGGGGUCAGCAAAGAUGUGAAGAACCGGGCGGCUUCCCUGGACAGGCUGCAGGCUCUGGCCCCGUACUCGGUGGCCAGCCCUCAGCCCUGCGAGAUGCAGAGAACCUACUUCCCCAUGAACAUCGAGAGCGAGUCCAUGUCCGAUCAGGACUCCCUGCCCCUCACCCAGGGCAUCAAGGAGACUUUCAUUUCUAACGAGGAGCCCUUCAUGGUCCAGUCCUGCGUCCAGAAAAGGAACAUCUUCAAAGAGGACUUUCACAACCUGAUGACUGUGUCCCCCGGGUUGGCCAGCCCCGCUAACAAGGCUGAGGGCGAGCACGGGAAACCCCAGGGCCGAAAGGAGUCCCACAAGACACCCUUCCCCAAUCACAGCUUUGAGAUGCCCUACAACAGCCAGUACCUGAAUCCCGAGUACUCCCCUGUUCCUGACAAAAGGCGGGCAAAGCACGAAAGCUUAGAUGACCUUCAAACCUCCACGUAUUUUGGACCCACUCCAGUGAUGGGGACCCAGGAGGCCAGGCGCUGUCCGGGGAGGCCGGGCAAGCAGACCCCCUGGCCGGCCAAAAGCUGGAGCCUAAACACCGAAGAAGUUCCUGACUUUGAACGGUCCUUCUUCAGUAGAAAUCCCUCCGAGGAGAAGCUCCGCUAUCCAAAUCCCAGCAGCCAGACCCCCAACUUCCCAACCCCAGACAGGCGCCCAGCUUACCUCAUGCCGCAGGAGCAACAGCCAAUUCUCCCCAUCGGCUACGCGGCCAAGCCAAACGGGCUCAAAUCUAAAGAGAUCUCGUCCCCCGUUGACCUGGAGAAGCAUGAACCGGUCAAAAAGUUUAAAGACAAGAGCAUUAGCUGCACCAGCAGGCAGCUCAGCUCAGACACCAGUAGCGUGGGCACCCAGACUGAGCAGCACGUCCUGGAGCCCAAGAAAUGCAAAGACUUGUGUGCCUCUGGGCAGGGCAAGUACAGUGACAGGCACGCCAUGAAGCAGUCAGAUGACGACUCGGAAGUUGUCAGUGAUGACAUCAGUGACAUUUUCCGAUUUCUUGAUGACAUGAGCAUCAGUGGCUCGACGGGAGUGGUACAGUCAUCCUGCUACAACAGCACAGGAUCUUUGUCUCAGCUUCACAAGUCGGACUGUGACAGUUCACCAGAGCACAACCUAACCAAAAUCGCCAACGGGCUCCCCAGCAGCAAAGGAGAAAAGGGCAACCGGCCUGAAAACAGUCACCACUCGGAAGAGGAGUUGAAGACCAGCGUGUGCAAACUGGUCCUCAGGAUCGGUGAAAUUGAACGGAAGCUCGAAUCGCUGUCGGGUGUCCGCGAGGAGAUCUCCCAGGUCCUGGGCAAGCUCAAUAGACUGGAUGAGAAGAUACAGCAGCCCGAGAAGGUGAGUGUGCAGAUAGAUCUGAAUUCCUUGACCAGCGAGGCUCCAUCCGAUGAGAGCGCCUCUCCCCGGAUGUUCCGUGCACACAAUGGCUCCCACGGGCCCAAACUGGAGAACUCGGCCGACUGGUGCUGCUCAGACGCCAGCGGAAGCAACAGCGAAAGCCUUCGUGUCAAGGCGUUGAAAAAAAGCCUCUUCACCAGGCCAUCCUCCAGGUCCCUGACGGAGGAGAACAGCGCCACAGAAUCCAAAAUCGCCAGCAUCUCCAAUUCGCCCAGGGACUGGCGCACCAUCACUUACACCAGCCGCGUGGGCGUCGGAGAGGAGGAUGUCAAAGACAGAGGCCCCGGGGAGAGUAAGGACUGGCAUCGAAAAUCUAAAGAGGCAGACAGGCAGUAUGACAUGCCCCCGCCGCACCGACUGCCCAAGCAGCCCAAAGACGGCUUCCUGGUGGAGCAGGUGUUCAGCCCUCACCCCUACCCCGCCUCCCUCAAGGCCCACAUGAAGAACAACCCUCUGUACACGGACAUGCGGCUGACGGAGCUGGCGGAGGUGAAGCGGGGCCAGCCUUCCUGGACCAUCGAGGAGUAUUCUCGCAACGCGGGCGAGAAGGGCAAGCUGACAGCCCUGGACCUGCAGACUCAAGAAUCUUUAAACCCAAACAACUUAGAAUACUGGAUGGAAGAUAUUUAUACUCCAGGCUACGACUCAUUACUAAAAAGGAAAGAAGCCGAGUUCAGACGAGCCAAGGUCUGCAAGAUCGCUGCCCUGAUCGCUGCAGCCACGUGCACAGUCAUUCUGGUCAUUGUCGUGCCUAUCUGCACAAUGAAAUCAUGAGCCGCUGGACAUGCAAUGUUGCCUGCGGCUCAUGACCACCGACGUCUCCCUCUGUAGUUUAAAAUCACGUGCCAGUGGGGCCACAGUUUGUUGAAAUAGAAAUCACGGAGGCUUUUCUGCAAAUGCUAACAAUGGUCUUCAGAAAGUAUACAUUCUAGAGACAUAUCUACCUACCUAUUAGCUUUGACUUAAUUACAUGGAUGAAUUUUAAGAAGUGCAAUAUCUUUUCCUACCAAAAGAAUGUAAUGGACUACCAGUAGAUACAAACUGAAUUCCAAGCAAAAAAAAGAGGAAGUUUAAUUGGUUGGAUUCUUUCCAUUUUGAUGACAUUUCACGGCGGGAAAUACGUUAUAGAGGAGAUGGUUAAUCCAUGCCUGUUUUAGGGAAGCUAAGGGAGAUAGCGAGAUAAGAAUUAAAAAAAAAGCAUGGAUUCUCUUUCCCUUAAUGUUCUUAGAUCAUCGCAGGCAAAGAAACAGGGUAUGUAUCCAUAAAGGAGGUUACUUCUCCGCUGACUUUUAUCAAGGGCUACCGGCUUUUCAUUCUUGCCCUUCUGUCAUCAUUACGAUCUUCAUUGCAGAUCUUCAUGGAAACGUUCUGGACCUUCUUCCUGGUGCCCAGGGUAGGAAGGUGCUGGACUGCCAAAUCAGGCGUGGCGUGAAGUGUGCUCUCUGCUUAAUAGGCCAAGGUAUUCAGGCCAGGAGACCUUCCUGUACCCACCUCAAGGUGUGGGAGAGUUGCUUGCUAACGACGUACGAUCAAUAUCUGAAAGUCAUGGCAUCCCAAAGGACCUCCCAUUCUUGCUUUGGUGUGUGGUUCCUCUCCUUAAUCUUCUGUCUCCUGGUGGUACCCGUUGCUCUGCUUCUCACACAUGAGUUGAAGAAUUUGGAACUUGUCCUUGUGCCUUGAAGAGUAGAGACAAUGGCUGAACUUUGACAUUCUAACUAUAAACCAUGGUUUCUGUGCACCACUAAUACCAGCCAUUUCCAAUGGCUUUAAAAAUUUUUUGAAAGCUUGUCAAUAAUAUGAUAAAGGCUGUGAGGUAUUCUCAACUACCCCAACACCUACUCCAGAGUUUUGAAUACUUGUCAGCUGUGCAAAAAAAAAAAAUGAUCUAUUUAACCGUUUAUCUAUCUAUCUAUCUAUCUAUCUAUCUAUCUAUCU